UAUUGUACAAUAAGGCCAGUGUUCUCAUCCGCAUGGUAAUAAAUCUCCACAACCUAUGUGUUAAUACUCCUGUAUACUUCGGAAAACGCAAGUAAUCGAAGGGGGAGACUUUGAUCGACGGCAAGAAGGGGAACCGACAGCAAGAAAGGGAAGGGGAACACAACGAUCCACUGGUGAAACCUUUCAGAGUUAUAUUAAACAACUUACAUGUGAUCCGUCCAAAGUUGUUUGCCAACUACUACUUAUUAGAAAAUGGUUUGUCUGUGUGUAUAUAGAGACAACUACCCACUUGAAAAAACAAAGACAAACAUAUAGAUAGAGAGUAACAGAGAUGGCACGGUCUGUGAAAGUGGCGGUGAUCGGGGCCGGUGCUGGCGGUCUGAUCUCGGCCCGUGAAUUUCAAAGAGAAGGCCACCAAGUUGUCGUCUAUGAAAAAGGAAGCAGACUCGGUGGAACAUGGGCCUACGACCCUCGAGUGGAGUCCGACCCACUCAGUCUCGACCCGAAGAGAGAGAUCAUUCACAGCAGUGCGUACCAUUCACUCCGGACCAAUCUCCCUCGCCACGUAAUGGGUUUCUCGGACUAUCCGUUUACUGCUAGGAAAAAUGGGGAUCCCAGGAAUUAUCCGGGGCAUGAGGAGGUUCUGGGGUUCUUGAAUGAUUUUGCGAUGGAGUUUGGACUCACUGAGUUGAUUCGGUUUGAUACUGAAGUCGUCCGAGUUGAGUCAAGGAAUGAUGAAUGGGUGGUUGAGUCGAGGACAAGUGGAUUGAGUUCAGUGGAUAUGUUCGAGGCAGUAGUAGUGUGUAAUGGUAAACACACUGAACCACGGUUAGCAAAUCCUCCAGGCAUUGAGAAAUGGUCAGGAAAGCAAGUACAUAGUCACAAUUACCGUGUUCCUGAACCAUUUCGGAAUCAGAUUGUGGUUCUGGUUGGAGCUGGGCCUAGUGCGUUUGGUAUAUCCAGAGAUAUUGCUACAGUUGCCAAAGAAGUUCAUCUUUCUUCGAGACAUCCAGAUGUUAAAUUUUCAAAAUUAGACGGUUAUGACAACAUAUGGCAACAUUCAAAGAUUAAUUAUGUUAAUGAAGAUGGUACAGUAGCCUUUGAAGACGGAUGUUCUGUUAAAGCAGAUGUCAUUUUUCACUGUACUGGGUACAAGUACCAUUUCCCAUUUCUUAACACAAAUGGAAUUGUGACCAUUGAUGAUGACAACCGAGUAGGACCUCUUUACAAGCAUAUCUUCCCACCCCAGCUUGGUCCCUGGCUCUCCUUUGUUGGAAUACCUUUUAUGAUCGGUACAAUUCAUAUGAUGGAGUUACAAUCCAAGUGGAUAGCGCAUGUUUUAUCCGGUAAGGUGUCUCUGCCAUCCAAAGAGGAGAUGCUCGCUGAUGUUGAAAAAUUUUACCGGCAUAUGGAAGAAUCCGGGAUCCCCAAGCACUAUACCCAUCAAAUUUAUCCAAAUCAGUUUGAGUACACGGACUGGCUGGCUGCUCAAGUGGGAAUACCUCCUCCGGAGAAGGUAAAAAGGAUAUACACGCAGCAUAUGAAGUUUGUUUGUAGUUCUCAAUUGGAGGUAUUCAGGGACGAAUGGGAUAUCGAUAACUGGAUAAGCAGCCAAGAUUUUUAAUUGCUGUGCACAGCAUAACACAUUUUUACUGCAUUUUCAUUCGUUUGCAAACAUGUUUUUGUAUGGAAUUUUUACCACAAUAAGCUUUUGCCAAAUAAAUGCGUUUCCUUGGAAAUGUCACUUUCAUAGUUGUUGAACAAUAAGGUUUCCAUUA